UCUUUUAGGCAGGCCAGAUCCCGAAUUGAAGCGUAAUUUCCGGGGUGGGGCCUUGAACUGGUGCAUUGGAGUGUGAAGCUGAGGGACAGAGUGGGACUGGGUGAGGUGAAUGCGCUCCCAUGGAGCAGUGGAUCUACGCAUAUUGGGGUAUCUCUUAUACAUUCCACCUGUGGCGCAGAUAGCACAGCUAGAGGUGAGCCAUGAUUCCGGUAACAGAGUUGCGGUACUUUGCUGACACCCAGCCGGCUUACCGUAUCCUCAAACCAUGGUGGGACGUCUUCACGGACUACAUCUCCAUCGUCAUGCUUAUGAUAGCAGUGUUCGGGGGCACCCUGCAGGUCACGCAGGACAAGAUGAUCUGUCUUCCGUGCAAGUGGGUCACUCAUGACUCCUGCAAUGAUUCCUACCGGGCCUGGAAUGUGCCAGAGACAGAUCUCUAUACAAAUUCUACCCUGUCACCUCCACUUGCACCAGGACCCACAGGUAUUAAAUAUGACCUGGAUAGGCAUCAGUACAACUAUGUGGAUGCAGUGUGCUACGAGAACCGCUUGCACUGGUUUGCCAAGUACUUUCCCUACCUUGUCCUGCUGCACACGUUGAUCUUCCUGGCCUGCAGCAACUUCUGGUUCAAGUUCCCCCGUACAAGCUCAAAACUUGAGCAUUUCGUCUCCAUCUUGCUUAAAUGCUUUGAUUCUCCCUGGACCACCCGGGCCCUCUCAGAGACAGUCGUUGAAGAGAGUGACCCAAAGCCCACCGGAGGAAAGAUGAAUGGCUCAGUAGACAAAAAGUCCUCCACUGCAAGCGAAGAUGUGGAAGCAACAGUGCCUAUGCUCCAGAGGAGCAAGUCAAGGGUCGAGCAGGGGAUUGUGGACAGGUCAGAGACGGGUGUGCUGGACAAAAAGGAAGGAGAGCAAGCCAAAGCACUGUUUGAAAAGGUGAAAAAGUUCAGGACUCACGUGGAGGAAGGGGAUAUUGUGUACCGGCUGUACAUGCGUCAGACUAUCAUCAAAGUCAUUAAGUUCAUCAUUAUUUUGUGCUACACUGUGUACUACGUUAGCAGCAUUAAAUUCGACGUGGACUGCAAGGUGGACAUAGAGAGCCUGACUGGGUACCGGAUGUACCGAUGUGCCCACCCGCUGGCUACUCUCUUCAAGAUCCUGGCAUCUUUCUACAUCAGCCUGGUGGGUUUCUACGGCCUAGUCUGUGUUUACACUCUCUGGUGGAUGCUGAGACGUUCUUUAAAGAAGUAUUCCUUUGAGUCCAUCAGGGAGGAGAGCAGCUACAGCGACAUCCCCGAUGUCAAGAACGACUUUGCUUUCAUGCUGCACCUCAUAGACCAGUACGAUCCUCUCUACUCCAAGCGUUUUGCUGUGUUCUUGUCGGAGGUCAGCGAGAACAAACUUCGCCAGCUUAAUCUCAAUCACGAGUGGACCCUCGACAAACUGCGGCAGAGGAUCACAAAGAAUUCUCAGGAGAAACUGGAGCUGCAUCUUUUCAUGCUCAGCGGGAUACCUGACACGGUCUUCGACUUGGUAGAGCUGGAAGUGCUAAAACUCGAGUUAAUACCAGAUGUCACUAUCCCUCCAAGUAUUGCCCAGCUCACUGGCCUGAAAGAGCUAUGGCUGUACCACACAGCAGCUAAAAUUGAAGCUCCGGCUCUUGCCUUCCUGCGGGAGAACCUUAAGUCACUACACAUCAAGUUCACGGACAUCAAGGAGAUCCCCUUGUGGAUAUACAGCCUUAAGAACCUGGAGGAACUCCACCUGACUGGCAACUUGAGCGCAGAAAACAACCGGUACAUUGUUAUCGAUGGCCUCCGGGAGCUGAAGAGGCUCAAAGUUCUGAGAUUGAAGAGCAACCUUACUAAGCUGCCUCAGGUGGUGACAGACGUCGGGGUCCACUUGCAGAAGCUGUCCGUCAACAAUGAGGGAACAAAGCUGAUGGUUCUCAACAGUCUUAAAAAGAUGGUCAACCUGACUGAACUGGAGCUGGUGCGCUGUGACUUAGAGAGAAUUCCUCACUCUAUCUUCAGCCUUCACAACCUGCAAGAGAUUGACUUGAAGGACAACAAUUUAAAGACCAUUGAAGAGAUCAUAAGCUUCCAGCACCUGCACCGGCUCACAUGCCUGAAGUUAUGGUACAAUCACAUAGCCUAUAUACCCAUUCAGAUCGGCAAUCUGGCUAGCCUUGAACGGCUCUACCUGAACCGCAACAAGAUAGAGAAAAUCCCCACCCAGCUCUUCCUGUGCCGCAAGCUUCGGCAUCUAGACCUGAGCCACAAUUCCCUCAGCAGCAUCCCGCCAGAAAUUGGCCACCUGCAGAGCCUGCAGUACCUUGCUGUAACCGCCAACCAUAUUGAAAACCUGCCGGCCGAGCUGUUCCUGUGCAAGAAGCUCCGUACGCUCAACUUGGGUAACAACGUUUUGCAGUCUCUGCCUUCCCGAGUGGGUGAGCUCACCAACCUAUCCCAGGUGGAGCUUCGGGGUAACCGCUUAGAGUACCUGCCGGUGGAGCUGGGUGACUGUCACCUUCUGAAGCGCAGCGGCCUUGUAGUAGAAGAAGACUUGUUCAACACUCUUCCCCUGGACGUUAAAGAGAAGCUUAGCCGGUCAGAAAAGGAGCAGGUGUGAAAGCGAGACAUGGUGAGGGCGUCUGCACUGACAAACAAACAAAAGGGAAACA